GUCUGGUCAAAGUGAAGUCACCGCUCGAAUUUAAGUCACGGAGGAUAAAUUUGCGGCAGUCGUUAUUCCUGGAAUUGCUGAACGGAAGCAAGGCACGUAUAAAUUCGAGGAGAUGUCGGUAGCUUAGAUUUUACAAGGCAGGAUAAAGUGAUUGAGGUUUUGGGGAUUAAACGGCGGCGUGAACAUGGGAUUUAUACGAGUAAAAUUGAUCGAGGUGGAACCGGCGGCUAGCUGGUCGAAAAAUCCGCAUCCAUUCGAAUCUUAUUGUGCUGUGCACAUAAAAGAAGCAGUCAUGUCUGCAACCCAAGGGAUCUCUUUGGUUCAGAAGAAAAAGACUAUCUAUCCUGAGUGGAAUAAAUGCUUUGACACUCAUCUUUACGAUGGCCGCGUCAUAACGAUCGUUGUUUUACAAAAGCCAAGUGGAAGAGUCAUUGCCGAAGUUUCCAUCGGAGUUCAGUUUUUAGUCGAUCAAUGUAAACGUGACACUCAUGGAUUUUCUAGCGUUUGGGUAAGUUGGAUGCAUUUUACAGUACAGUAUUUUUCGUUAGAAAGUAUGUUACAUAUUGGCACUGUGGGAGGCUAUAAAAAGCAAUCAAUCUUGUACAGAAAGCGCAUGUCUCGUACUUGUCUCCGAAUAGACUGAAUUCAUAAUAUCAAAAUAACAUUUGUUGAUUCGUACGUUUUAGACGAACAUGCACUUUAACUUAACUGUAGUUUCGAUUUCCUUGUUUCCUCUAUCCAGUUUUUUGAAAAUUUGAUCUUAAAACAGUUGUAAGAAGUACAUGUAUCUUGAGAAGCGAAAGAGCUAGUGGAGUGUUUUGGUCACAAACGAAGAAACAGCUUGCAUAGAAUGGAAAUCAUCAAGAUUCGAAGCAGCAUUUGCAUACGUCGUAUACAUUAAUCAAUAGUUGACGUUAAGCUGUAUCAUUUGUUCAGUUCAACUUGCGUGGAUUCUGUAUUACUGACUGCGAUAACGGUAGACCCUUAAACAUUUAUCAGUCGAAGAACGGUCGCUUUGGUUAUUCACUAUAAUUAGAUUUUCUAUUUUAAUCACCAAUUUUUCGACACUUUAUUCCUUUUGUCGACAGUCAAUUAUUGUCAUUGUCAGUUGAAAUCAAUAGCUUUGAUAUUAAAUUUGAUUGCAUCUGCGAUUGUACUUGUAGAAGAAUGCUUUGUAAAACUCUUAAUGGACUUCAUUUUUUCAAUUAUAAAUUUAAUUAAUUUUAAAUGAAGCCGGGUCGUGAUAUAUUUUUCCUUCGGUAUCUUUGGCUGUUAUUUCAUUUAUAUUGUCAAGUUAUCCUGGUCCAAUAGCUGGAUUUAUUAUAUAAACACUAAUGGAAUACCAGGUGGGCUUUCAAGCACAAGUCAUGUUAUUAUUAGAUCCGAAAUUGGUGAUGAAUUCCACCAUUUGUUGAAAUGUACCCACUCAUCACUUUCUCACAUAAGGGGUAAAAUCUUCUUGGAGAGCCUAUACUCUAUAAACAGUAAUUUUACGCAUAUGUCUUGCAAGGCAUACCCUGGUCCCAGAGGUUUUUCUUGAUUUUUCUUCGCGAAAGAGAUCAAAAGCAACCCGCGAAGCAGCGACAACGAGUCGCGUAAGCGACGAGGAGAGAGAGAAAAACCUCUGGUUACCUUGGCCUCGAAUCUCACUUUCAUGCAGACGACGGCUGUCAAACGCGUCAAAUUGCUAAUAAAAAGAGUGACCAAUGGCAACUUAGCAAACACGUGCUUAUCAGCCGCUAUUUUUUUAAGUGGGGGUAGACCUGGGGAAAUUAUGUUAUGAACAAACCAUCUUCACUUGGGUGGUAAAGAGUGAUUUGUUAAUCGGGGUCAAGCUAAAGCAUGUGUUAACGAUGGGCGACAAGAGUCCAGGAAUAAGAAGACCACUUUAUAAAGAAACCGACAUUGUUCCAAACGAAUGCUGCAGGAUUUGCAGAAUUUAUUUGGGUAUAAUAACAAGGAUUUUUCACAAACAUUGUCAUCUGUUCUGUCAGCAGUGUGCCAGGGGGAAGUUGUAAAGUUUGCAAGAGUCUAUCAAUCGCGCUUAUUACAUUGUUUACUUCUCGCGGGCGCGCCCGUUCGCGUCGAUUCGCGGGCAUUCCCCUGAAAAUAGUAAUAUUAAUAUGUAUUCUGGCAAUCUGGCUCGCAUUUUGGUUUGGUGGCUCCAUUUCCUUUUUUUUUUUGUGGAACAACGACGCUAGGAAGAGUCAUGCAGCACAACAAACCCUUAAGGUUCGGAAUGUACUUUCAGAGGUUUUUGUUGGCCCAAUAGACCUAUUCGGCUAACUCAAUGUACCGAAUUCAAACCCUUUGAGAAUAAAACGUUUUGUUUCAGGAAUUUCCAUAUCAUUUAAAUGUGAAUGCCACAUUAUAAUGCAAAUGCAAUACACAAAGAAUCUUAUCCCCGGAGAUUUGGAUUGGGUAGAACAUUGAGUUAGCGAAUAGGUCUAUGCCAAAAAAUAGCGUCGGUUAGAUCUUUUUUGGGCGUCGCAGGAAAAUCAAGCUGCACCGAAAAUGAUUAUGUACUUGUACAAAGUUGUAUGUUUUUUUUUCCUACAAGGAAACUUUCAUUCCGUGAUUCGGAGAUUUUUUUUUACUGCCCUAAACAAGUUAGUUUAUUUAAUGGAAUGACAGUAUUGUAACAGAAAAUAUACUUUCCAUGUCCGGUUGAUAAAAUGGUGAACACAUCCUUUCGACUCAACGGCGAACAAAGCUUUUUUUGUUGCUCAGUGAGAUUCAGGAAAGCGCAUUAAGUACCGAGGUCAAAAUUUCUUGAAUAUUCUUUCAGGAACAACAUCCAUGGCGUGCCUCUCGUGCCUUGGUCCCGUGCAAAUGUUAUUGCGAGUGCAGCAUACAAACAAUUUUCUUCCCUAGUAGAGAGAGGGCAAAAUGAGGUGUGAAAAUCCUCAGCGUCCCUCGAUAGUUACAAUUAAACGAGCCAAUCAAAUUGGUUUUGCGCGUUUGAAAAACUAUCAACCAAUCAACGCCCGAGGGUCAGAUCCUGACCCUGUCGUCAGCAUGGAAGUGAGAUUCGAGGCCAAGGUAACCAGAGGUUUUUCUCUCUCUCCUCGUCGCUUUCGCGACUCGUUGUCGCCGCUUCGCGGUUUGCUCUUGAUCUCUUUCGCGAAGAAAAAUCAAGAAAAACCUCUGGGACCAGGGUAUGCAAGGCACUAUUUUUAUAUAUCAUGUCUAUAUGUGCGAUGAAAACAUCAUAAAUCUCAGUGCCUCUUUUUUUUGAAAAUAUUCUAAAUUGUUAUGCAUCCGAACUCUAAUUAAACUUUCUUACCAUAUGAGUAGCAUAGAAGUCGUACAUAGCCAAGUAAUUUUUCUUUUAUGAUAAUAUUCAAUUGUUCCUUUUUUUCGUACUUAACUUUUAUUUUACUUUUUUCAUUUGUCAUUGUUUUGGUACUGAAAUCUUCGUGUCAAAGAUAAAGGCAAUAAAGUUGUUACUAAUUAUGCAAACAUGAAUUAUUAACAAGUUAUUGUCACAUGUGGAAAGAUCACCAUUGCUAUGGCUACAAAAUAAAUCAUACCUUUCGCAGCAAAGUAGUAUUAAAGUGAAAUGGUUUGGCAUUUCAUUUGUGUUUGUAUAGUAAAUGGAACAUGACAUGGCUGCUUGGAGACACAAACUUUCUAUCCUCGUGUAUACCCAUACACAACAUGCAUGUUACAGGAAUACUUUUCUCUGCAGUUGUGAAACUAUAAAAGUGCAUUAAUGUUCACCACAUAGGCUAUAUGAAAAGCGAAAAUCUAGGCUGGGCACCCUGGAUUUCAUGGGUUUGGGGCACUGGGUUCAGAUCCUUACAGUUUUUCUUCGAGUAGCAGAGCUUUGUAUUCCAUCAUAAGACUUGGCAAGUACUGUAUGUCUACUCCCCUAUGAGGCUUUACUGGUUUGAAUUCACCUGCCCUGUUGGAAAUUUCACAUUAUUGCAUGUAGGUUUAUCCCCCCUCCUUUGUUGACCUUCCAUCAGCCAAUUGUGUAUGUUUUCUGUGACCACACAUUUGAAGAAACUGGCACCAUUCAGUUACAUGCAUGGGUUACCAUUUGAAGUAAGAUGUCAAUCUAAAAUUAAAGUGAAAGGUUGUGUUUAUUAUUAGACAUGUCUGUUACUGGGUGCACAUUAUAGCCAUUUUCAAGUGUGGUCUCCUUUAACAAUGUCAUCAUCAUUAUACUGCCAGCUGUAAAAAAAUCGCAUUUUGUUUUAAUUUCAUUUCAUUUAUUUUUUUUUUUUAUAUUAUACAGCUUGAUCUUCAACCCACUGGCAAACUACUCGUCCAAGUCAGGCAUUUUAUUGAAGUCAUAGGUAACAAUCAAUGAUUAAAUGAGUGUGGAAAGUAAAUUUAAAUAAUAGGGCUUUCCAAUGCACCUUUAAGCUCCAAAAGUGACCAAGGUCAAUUUUCUCCUAAAAAUUUCAAUACAUAAUAAAGCAAAAAGAUUCUAAGAAUUGACAAAAUGAUCACCAUGCAAGGGGGAAUGUUUGAUCUUCUAUCAAAUUCUCCUAAAUAACUCUUUAAGAAAAAGUAUGGAGAGCAUUCUGGAGAAUUUGCAUGUGGAUAUUGGGAAAUAAAAGGUAAGAGGCCCUGCCAGGGGGUGGGGGUCGGUGUCACCCAUCUGAAUUUUAAAACGUCUCCUUUCGGUGUUUAUAAAUGCUUGUCGCUUAUUGUCGGCUUUGCUGUCACUGUCACAAUUUGGCCGAGGGAGGUCGUCUCUUGUCGCGAUUUCAUAUUACACGCAGUUCCUACUUUUUGGGCCAUGUCGCUGGUCUGAAUUUACCCUGGCAGGGCCUCAGGUAAAGUAUACACUGUGGCAUUUUGCUACCCUGUGCAGUCCUUAUAGUGUUAAUAGUGCAAAUGACAGUAAUCUCAUUGGUUAAUCCAGAAAAUUCUUUGGGUGUGAUUUCGACAAAGAAAUGCAUUUGAUUUUACUUUCUAUAACACAUAGAGCAAUAAAAUUAUAAAUGCAUAGACUGUGACAAUUUUUUACAGCUUAGAACCUGAAC